AUGGCUACGGCAUUGACUGAUAAUUUCGAUAUUCCAAGUUUGUCUGGAAUUGACGAGUCAUAUGCUGAUCUUUACAUCAUCCCUCUUUUCUGCCGACUUAUUAAGAAGCGCGAUUCUAAAGUUCUCCCAACAUUGGUUCAAUUAUUGAUCACAUUUGGCGAUGGCGGUAGAACAUCACUUCGAAAGUGGUUGUUCAAUCAUUUCGAUCCACAAACAAUUGGUGAUGACUUCCCAACAUUCUAUCCGGAAGCGAUUAAAGCAUUUUGUCAUGAAAUCAUUGAAGGAAAGAUCGAAACAACAAUCAUUCCAGACUUUUCAACAUCUUUACCACUUAUUCUUGACAUUAUGCAGAUUGUUUUCUCCGAUGGCAAACUUCAAUCAACAGCUCAAGACUUAAUUACAAUUAACAACUCACUUCUUGACUUGAUUUGCUUCUUAUUGACUAAGGAUAUUGAUUGCAAUUCCAUUACAGAGUCAUUGGGACUCUUCUUCUUCCAUAAUCUUUCAGAUCUUGGAAAUGAAGAAAUCGUACGAUUCGUUUACACAUUCCUUCGAACUAUAUCUAAGGUCAGACCCAUAAUUGCACAUCCAAUGUCUGCUACACGAGUUCAAUGGAUUUUCUUAUCUCCAUUAUCUCUUUCUAAGCACUUCUUGAUCAACAUGACUAACAACAUGAAACCAUUAUCAACAAACGCUAUGUAUUCUCCUUAUUCGAAACUUACAUCACAAUUUUUGUUGUCGACACAACAAUGUUUUGGCGGUCGUGAUCCCGACACAUUUGCACUUUGUGCAGGCUUUUUAGCUCGAUUGUUAUCUAACUUAGAUGAGAUUUGUUAUAGUAUUCGACAACGAAUCGCAUUUGCUUUAUUCCCUCUUAUUGAUUUAUGUUCUAAUCAUUUUGAAUCCCCAUUAUUUAUGUCUAACAAACGAAUGCAAAUUGCAUUGAUUCCAUUUGUUUUAUUCUUAAUCAAGAACAGUGAACAGAAGCAGUUAUUAUCAUUCUUCCAUUCAUUAUCUAUCUCAUUCAAGUGUCAUUUCAUUUCAUUCCUUAAAUUGACCGGAAAAAUCAUCACUGACACAUUGGAUGUCAUCAAACCAACAUAUGAAUGUCCACAAAUUAACUUGAAUCUUCUUGAUUUGCUGACACAUAUUUACAUCAAAUUUUUGUUUGACGUCAAAUCCGAAUUAGGUGUUUGCAUGAACGAAGUCAUCCAGUUAAUUGAAGUUUUGUUGUGUCGAUACCAACCAACAGAUAACUACAAGUAUUUGUAUUUACUUUGUGAUUCAUUAUUCGAAUCAUAUCCAUUAGAACGUAAUUUCAUCAUCAUGUCUACUAAAUUAAUUAUGUACAAACAAGCAAAAUCACGUGCAUUGAGUACCGCAUUGAUUAUUAACAGUUUCAAACAAGAUUACAAUCGAUAUGAACAAGUUAAUGUUUCCACACUUUCAUUCAUUGA